ACUCCACCGAGCGCGCAGAUCAAGCCCACCACCGGGGGUUUAAAAGGAGAUGGUUCCAGUGUCAUUCCGAGUUAGACGUCGUUUAGUGGAGAUGGAAACUAGCAGCAGCAAUAAGUCACUGAUGGCUAUGCAUCACGGUUCAUCCGGUAAUGGCAGCGGGGCAGCUUUGCGGAGGCCGAAAUGCGCUCGAUGUCGCAAUCACGGAGUCAUUUCUUGGUUGAAGGGACACAAACGCCACUGCCGCUUCAAAGAUUGUCUCUGCGUCAAGUGUAAUUUGAUCGCCGAGAGACAACGGGUCAUGGCCGCUCAGGUAGCACUCAAACGACAACAAGCGACGGAAGACGCAAUUGCUCUUGGAUUGCGCUCUGUCGCCAGUGGAACUAGGAUGCCUUUCUUACCACCUGGGCCCAUCUUCGGAGGACGAGAUUCACCUAAGAAAGAGGAACUGAUGGACGAAUCAAUGUACAAUUCUGGUUCAGAUGACGAGGAGUUGAGAUGCAUCGGUCAAGAACACCAACAGCGAACAGUGGAGAAGGUAUUGAAUUUGGCAAUCAACAACAACGACGAUCCGACGAACAUGGAGCCUUCAUCGGGAACUGUUAAGGAUCGGGCGGUUCAGCAUCACGGCUCUCUUGACAUGUUAACCCGAGUUUUCCCGUUUCACCCGAAGAAUGCAGUAGAAAGCGCACUGGAAACUUGCGGUGGGGAUGUCGCUAAAGCUGUCCAGCAAUUGGUUGGACAUCAACCGCAACAACAUCAGUCAUCGUCAGGUGUCAUCACGACAAGCUGUUCCGAGGAAGUACCGAUGAUGGCAUCAAAUCAAAAGACAACUACCGCCGGUGGUAACUUGUUGAUGGCAACAACCGGAUCCAAUAAAUCCGCUUUCUUACCAACGUCCUCAUCGUCAUCCAAUUUAAUGUCAGUUCCAGUAACAUCAUCUCCCAAUCGCCCUAUAUUCGCUCCAACAUCUUCGUCAGCAUCCAUGGCCUACCCAUCAGCCUUGCGGAUGAUGUCUUCCUAUCCGACGGCAGCUGGGAUGAUGUCAUUUUUGCAUCCAUCGGCUUAUUUCGCGGCUGCCGCCUCUGCAGCCGCAGCUGCGGCCAGCAGUCCUCACUCGUACCCGUGGCUUUUCCCCAAUCAUUACAGGCCAUCGGCUCUUGUCACACCGCAACAUCACCAGUUCCAACAUCUCUGCUUGCCCGGAUGUUCUGUAUGCCCCAUUUCAACAUCGGCCGGAACAUCAUCUUCGUCUUCCUCACCUGGCGAAAGCUCUUCCUGCAAUCUCAACAGCAACAAAGCGCCAACUCUGACGCUGGCAUCAUCGUCGCCGGAAGACAUGUUCAAAAGUAAUCUUGGCAGAAAUAAAGAAUUAUUGUUCCAACACAGCAAUAACCUUUGAUUUGUUUUUUACAUUUUUCACGUCUCAUUUACUGGCUGACUAGCCAAUGUCUGUAAUUUGAUACUUGAUCAUUUAAUAUUAGUGGCUAUACUUCAUUCGUUCACUUCUGUUCAUUCUGAUGAGAUACACAAUAAAAUGCAAUACAUGCAA